GGAGGCAGGCACGCCAGCAGGAGCAGCAGCAGGAGCGCGCGGGCCCCGGGCCCCAAGGCCUGUCCCAUGUCGGGGCUCCGCGGAGUCUGCGGGGAUGGAGCCGCCUCGCUCUGACUCCCAGACAGGCUCCGGCGCAUGACGUCCGGCUGGUUUCUCAAUGGCUUUCGCCAAGGACCGGAGGAGACGGCGGCCGUCGACGCCAGGUCCCGGCCGGAGAGGAGGCGCGAGCCAGCGGCGCCCCCCGGCUCCGCUGCGCCCCGACCGUGCGCUCAGUACCCGGCCCGCGCCGUGCCAGCCUCUGGCCACAGGGAAAACCCGGGAGGAGGAGCUCCCGCGCCUUGCGCCCCCGCACUGGGCCCGAGCUCCGUGGAUGGACGGUCAGGAAUCUUGGAAGAAACCGAAAGAAAACUCGGGCGGCGGGCGAGGAGGGGCGGGAGGCGGCGGCCCGAGGAGCCGAUUCGGUUCGGUUCAGGGAGCCACCCGCCUCGCCCGCCCCGAGCGCCCGCGGACCUGCGAGGCGGCCGCGCGGCCGGACCGGCCCUCGUGCUCCAAGGCACUUUCACUUCCCCGCUCCCGGCGCCGCGGGACCCAGCCGCGCUAUAUGAGCCUCCCGGGCGGCCCGGUGGAGGGAGUCGCCGCCAGCCCCGGCCGCGCGCACCUGCGGGGCCACCACCCGCGGACGCACCGAGCCCAGGGGCGUGGCCGCCCGCUCAGCAGGCCAGGGCUCGGGCAGCCCUGACGUCACGACCGCACCCGCGCACCCUCCACCCCGAGUCUGGGCUGGGGCCCUGUGCGCCUGAAGACAUGGAGUUUGUGUCUGGAUACCGGGAUGAGUUCCUUGAUUUCGCUGCCCUUCUCUUCGGCUGGUUCCGAAAGUUUGUGGCAGAGCGUGGAGCUGUAGGGACCAGCCUUGAGGGCCGCUGGUGGCAGCUGGAGGCCCAGAUCAGAAGGCUGCCCCAGGACCCUGCCCUUUGGGUGCUCCAUGUCCUGCCCAACCGUAGUGUGGGCAUCAGCCUGGGGCAAGGGGCAGAGCCAGGUCCUGGACCAGGCCUGGGGUCUGCCCGGCUCCUGGGAGACGACCCUCCACUCCACCUGCGAGACCUGAGCCCCUACGUCAGCUUUGUCAGCCUAGAGGACGGGGAGGAAGGGGAGGAGGAAGAGGAGGAAGAUGAAGAAGAAGAGAAGAGAGAGGAGGGGGGUGCAGGCACAGAGAAGGUGGAACCAGAGGAGGACCGGGAGCUAGCUCCUACCAGCAGGGAGUCCCCCCAGGAAACAAACCCUCCAGGAGAGUCAGAGGAGGCUGACCGGGAGGCAGGAGGUGGCAAGGAUGGCUGCCGAGAGGACAGGGUGGAGAAUGAAACAAGACCCCAGAAGACGAAGGGACAGAGGAGUGAGGCUGCCCCCCUGCACCUUUCCUGUCUCUUACUUGUGACGGAUGAGCAUGGCACCAUCUUGGGCAUUGAUCUGCUAGUGGAUGGAGCCCAGGGAACUGCCAGCUGGGGCUCAGGGACUGAGAACCUGGCUCCUCGGGCCUAUGCUCUCCUCUGUCACAGCAUGGCCUGUCCCAUGGGCUCUGGGGACCCCCGAAAGCCCCAACAGCUUACUGUGGGAGAUGCCCGGCUGCAUCGGUAUAGAAAUCUGGUAUCUGAGGCUGGGGAGGGCUGGGGCCCUGGAUUCCCAAGCACCCCCUCCAGCCUGAUUCCGUCUUCCCCCCUAUUUAGAGAGCUGGAGAGCUUGGUCCCAAGGCUAGGUGUGAAGUUAGCCAAGACCCCAAUGCGGACAUGGGGUCCCCGGCCAGGCUUCACCUUUGCUUCCCUUCGCGCUCGAACCUGCCACGUGUGUCACAGGCACAGCUUUGAAGUGAAGUUGACACCCUGCCCCCAGUGUAGUGCUGUCUUGUAUUGUGGAGAGGCUUGUCUCUGGGCUGACUGGCGGCGGUGCCCAGAUGAUGUGAGCCACCGAUUUUGGUGCCCAAGGCUUGCAGCCUUCAUGGAUCGGGCAGGAGAACUGGCAGCCCUGCCUUUUACCUACACCGCAGAGGUGACCAGUGAAACCUUCAACAAGGAGGCCUUCCUGGCCUCUCGGGGCCUCACUCGUGGCUACUGGACCCAGCUCAGUAUGCUGAUUCCCGGCCCUGGCUCCUCCAGGCACCCCCGAGGCCACCUGCCAUCCCUCAGCCUUCGCGGUGGAGACCCCUACCAGCUUCUCCAGGGGGACGGGCCUGCCCUGAUGCCUCCUGUGCCCCCAGAUCCACCCCGGGCUCUUUUUGGCUCAUGGCAGGAUUACUACACAUGGCGGGGCCUCAGCUUGGACUCCCCCACAGCUGUGCUUCUCACCUACCCACUGACCGUGUACUAUGUCAUCACUCACCUGGUGCCCCAGUCCUUCCCUGAGCUCAACAUCCAAAACAAACAAUCACUGAAGAUCCAUGUGGUGCAGGCCGGGAAGGAGUUUGACCUUGUCAUGGUGUUUUGGGAGCUCUUGGUCCUGCUCCCCCAUGUGGCCCUGGAGCUACAGUUUGUAGGUGAUGGCCUGCCCCCCGAAAGUGACCAGCAGCAUUUUACCCUGCAGAGGGACGGCCCCGAGGUGUCUGUCCGUCCUGGUUCUGGCAUAUCAGCACGGCCCAGCUCUGGCACUAAGGAGAAGGGAGCCCGCAGGGACCUGCAGAUCAAGGUGUCAGCAAGGCCCUACCAUCUGCUCCAGGGGCCCAAGCCCGACCUGGUUAUUGGAUUUAACUCCGGGUUUGGUCUCAAGGAUACGUGGCUGAGCUCUCUGCCGCGGUUACAGUCCCUCCGAGUGCCAGCCUUCUUCACCGAGAGCAGCGAGUACGGCUGUGUGAUGGACGACCAGACCAUGGCAGUGGCCACUGGAGGGGGCACCAGCCCUCCCCAGCCCAACCCCUUCCGCUCCCCCUUUCGCCUCAGAGCGGCCGACAACUGCAUGCCCUGGUACUGCAAUGCCUUCAUCUUCCACCUGGUUUACAAGCCUGCGCAAGGGAGCGGGACCCGCCCGGCGCCCGGCCCCCCACCCCCGUCCCCAACUCCCUCCGCUCCUCCUGCCCUUACCCGAAGGCGCCGAGGAGAAAAGAAACCUGGGCGGGGGGCCCGCCGGCGGAGAUGAAUGCUGAUACCAUAGUAGACCCCCUCCCAAACACUGAAAGGAAAACGUGAAACACUCAAGGUCGAGGGGAAGGACAGGUUGGUAAAACACGAAAAGGUCAAUAAAAUUACUUGUUUGAAA